AGAUAUAGUGGACCGUGUGUUAAGAAGGAUAUCUGUCUCAGUUUGUGUUUUUAAAACAUAAAAUGUGUGAGCCGUUUCGCUCAAGGUUUCAUAUGGACUCAAAAUGAUUUUAAAGAUUUCUAUAAUCUACAUAUUUCAUUUAGGUUUAUCACAAGGCACCCGCCUAAAUCCCAAAGAAUCGCUCUGUCUUACCGGGUAUAUGACCAACUUGCAGUCCUGGGUCACCAAGGAUGGCGAAUUGACCGUCAAUGGCUCACAUACGGUAGAUCUAUCAUACGUACAAAAUGUUGCAUCUGUCAUGGAGGAAUAUUUGGAGAACUCGAGCCAACGUAAACAUGUGGAAACGAUAAAAUAUCUGAGUAUAGCCAAAGCUAAUUUACAACGAGUUCCAGCGAUAUUUACCUUCCGCGGUAACUUAGAAAAAUCCCUAUCGGAGACUUUAGAAUACGUCACGUUCUAUGGAAAUGUAUUUGGGAGAAUUCGGGAGACCGGGGCUUACGAGUCGUCUAUUAACGCUACAAAUGCAAAGCAAUUGUCUCCGGGACCAGCCAGUAAUGCAAGAAAAGAAUCAUGGUCCUUCGGUCUAAGGAACGUCACAUUUAAGAGAUUACGGCAAUUGGAUCUACGAGCAUGUAAAAUUGAUACCCUGGACGCGAUCAUAUUCAUGGGAAUGCCAUCCUUAACUCAUUUGUAUUUAGGAGAAAAUAAGAUUACGUUUAUUGAUGCAAAUGCGUUUGGUGGCCUCAGUAGUAUAAUUCAUAUUGAUCUAAGUAGAAAUACAUAUUUCGAUAAGAAUGAUCCAGUGAAAGCUCUUACAUUUGAAUCUAUGGAUACUUUUGCUCAAUUAAACCUGAUAUCACUAGAUUUUUCAUUUACUCCUUUGAGCACAAGACAUAUUCCUCUAUUAAGUCGACUUGGUAAUAAAUUGGAGAGUUUAUCCAUAUGCUAUACAGAAAUAUUCAAACUGCGGCCAAAUACAUUCGGUAGUUCACCACUGAAAUAUUUAGAUAUAUCGGGCAAUAGUGACGUCAUAUCUGAUAAUGGAACUCUAAGAGGAUUAGAAGAUUCACUAAGAGUGCUAUAUGCACAUUCAACUCUUUUAAAAUCACUGCACGUGUUCAAAGGUUUUAAAAAAUUGGAAAUUCUGAAAGUUUCGCACAACGAAAUAACCGAGAUCCCAAAAACCACGAUGGAGACAUUGGAAAAUUUGCAAGUACUAGAUCUGGGGCAUAAUAGGAUUUCCGUUUGGUUUUCGCCUGUCAUUUCAAGUAUCCCUCGCUUAAAACUCCUGUCUUUGGUAGAAAAUAAUUUGAACAUGAUAUCUGAUCUAAUGAUAUCCGAUAUAAGCCACAUAAAGUACCUGUCUUUAUCCAGAAACUCGAUGAUUUGUCAUUGCAUUACAAGAGAGAUAUAUGAGAUUGGGUAUCAAAAUGAAUUGAAAACGACGCCGACGCUGCUUGAGCAAAUUACGAAUGAAAAUAACAUUUUCCACAUAGGCUAUUUAGAAUACAACAACAUAAUCACGAAUAGAAAUAAUCUAACAUCAGCCUGCCUUAAAAUGGAUGACGAAGACACCAUGUCAAAUUGUUUCAAGGGGGUUCCGAUUAAUGGUAGCGGAAAUUACUUAUUUUUGGAUUACAAUGAAGACACAUAUAGCUGUUUAUCGUUUCAUACGGGAAUCAAAAUGUUUUUGAAUGAAGUACCUACGUGUACAGAGGACAUGAGAGACAUGCCCGAUGAUUUGACUGUGGCAACUCAAAGCAAUCUCAUGCUUCUCUUAAUAUUAUUAGCAAUCCUACCUAUUUUAGUAUUCAUCUAUACAUUCAAACGGAAUUUUAGGUACUUCUUGAUAACAAUGAGGAAUUCGGCCAUGUUGAGUUUAAUCAGUGACAAGGAUGUUAAUUAUGUCGAUAACAAACUAUUCAAUUACGAUGUAUUUGUGUCGUAUUGCAAUGAAGACAGGGCCUGGGUUCUGGACCAAUUGCUGCCUCACGUGGAGAUUGACUGCAAUAUAAGCGUGUGUUUACAUGAGAGAGAUUUUCAGGUGGGACUCUCAAUAUUAGAGAACAUAGUAUCAUGUAUGGAUAAAUCCAAGUCUAUUAUGUUAAUUAUAUCUAGACGAUUUCUACUCAGCCAGUGGUGUCAAUUUGAAAUGCACUUGGCUCAGCAUAGACUGUUAGAGACGAGAAGAGAAGAUCUAAUUCUAAUUCUGAUAGAAGAAAUUCCACGUCGCCUACGCCCAAAUACACUGCACUACCUCAUGCUGACUAAGACCUACAUCGUCUGGCCGAAAGAAGAAUCAGAGAAGAAGGAGUUUUGGAAGAGAAUGAAGAAGUCUCUAGUCACACAGAAGUUGAAAAACGUUGAGAAUGAUUCUUUAGCUUAAGUAUAUUUGGGAUAUAAGACAGUAAUUUAGUUUAUAGUUCCGAUCGCUUGAUGCUGGAUAGUUUGGCGUAGUGGAAUAGGUGCAAUGCCCACACUUUAGUGGUAAGUUCUUAAAGAGGUAAUAUUUUUUUAUAACACAGGGGGCAAACGGGCAGGAGGCUCACCUGAUGUUAAGUGAUAUCGCCGCCCAUGGACACUCUCAAUGCCAGAGGGCUCGCGAGUGCGUUGCCGGCGUUUUAAUUAUACCGGUUAUGAUCAAUACAUUCUGGAGCUGUCAUGUGAUAUGACAUUUUAUCAUAUAUCAACUUUUUAUAGAUGCUUUUAGUUUAGGCAGGGCCGGCCGGAUUCAGGGUCGGGCCCAAAAGAGAAGACAAUAGAAAAUGUUUUAAAUUCCAACUAGUUAACAACGUUUCUUUUGAUUUACUUUUAUUUAAUACUAAAAAAAUCUUAAGAGAUUUCUUGAAUGGAAAAACUCCACUGAAAAAAAUGGAUUUGGAAAUAAUUUGGAGCCUACACUCCUUUGUUACAUAGAGGCAUCCAGACCUCUAAAUCUGGCCCUGAGUUUAGACAGAAUAUAACAUUUUAUUUAACAGUAAACACGGCCAAUAUUGAUUGCAUUUUGUAGAGAUAUUAUUAAAUUUAUUUAAACUUACGAGCUGUCAAAAUAAUUCCUCCCUUCAUUUGUUUUGGUUGAGGUGGCGUCGUCAGUAGAUCCAAAUUUAAAACGCCGUUGCAAAUUCUGAAAUUAAUUAAAAAUUAAGGUAAACUGCAAAGAUAUUCAUAGAUUUUAUUAAAGUUCCUAGAAAAGUCUCCGAGGUUAGACAAAGUUAGAGGUUAGUAAAAUUGUGGAAACACCACUGGUAGAGGGUUAAUUAUAAAAUAAAAUCUAUGAGAGAAUUUUUUUUUUUUAUGAUGUGACAUAACUUAGAAAAAAAAACGAAUAGCAAUUUCAGUUUAACUUCUGAAACAUUACUAAAAGAUGUUUUUGUGCACCAUCAGAGUAAUCUCUCUAUUAAAAAUAUCAUAUUUAAUGGAUGAUGAUUAAAUUCUGUCACGAUGUAUAAAGUACAAACCUAUACUUCCUCAAAUUAAUUUCGCCCGUUCUUGUACGCGUCAUGCACGUCUUCAGGUAUUUAGCAAAACGGACCUCUGUAAAUAUUAAUCAUACAUACAAUGUACAUAAUCUAAUAUAAAAUUUAUUUAAACUAUA